AGUGUCGCCCUCUUCCUCUUGCCGCGCGUGACUUCUUUCCGCGACCUUUCGUCUUUGUGACGGGUAACUGCUUUCGAUAAUGCUUCUUUUCAUCUUCAACGAACCAGUCCGGAAGUCCUUCAUCAUUAUUCGUAUAUCUGUUCCAGCCCCACUCCUCCAACUCUCGGGCUGACUUGCUCGAGUAUAUCAAUUGCUCUCCGAGGGCUAGCUGUUCAGGGGUUAGACGACGUUUCUUCGCUUUCGGUUUCAGGUCCUCGUCGAGUAGCGUUUUCGGAGCCUCUCUUUUGGAUGCUCGCUUGUCUUCCUCUUCGGACUCUUCGUCCUCCCAAGCCAUUUCAGCUGUGAACCGUGACUUAGGAGGCGAAUUGUCUUCAGGCUCAGCAUCUUGUUCUUCGUCUUCGUCUGUCUCUUCCCCGUCCUUUUUGUUAAAACCGUCGUCGUCACCAUGCGCUUUCCGCUUCUUUCCAGAUACAUUUUCGUCAUCAAAGGUGACGGUGUUGGCGUGAAUAUUUUUGCUCAUUCGCUUCAUAUGUUUCUCUAUCACAUCCAACUCCUCAUCGUCGUCUUCAUCGGAUAACAAUCCAGCGAUUUCUUCCUAAGAGAAAAAGACGAUGGAGACCAUCAACUGGGGGGUAA